UCAUAUCUCGAAUAGAAUCUGACCCAGAAGUAUCAAAUCUCACAUAAAUUUUUUUAAGCAUUCGAAGUUGUGCACUGAUGUUUUGAUUGGGAUCUCACACAGCCAAACUAAAAAGAGCUAUGACCCUUGACUAAGUUACAAAUAUACAUAGAAAAUGACUUAUAAGUAGUGUCGCUUAAAUAUUGAAGGAAUAUCAUUCAUUAAGUGAAUUUGUGCACCUCGGAAAUGGAUAAUAGACAGUUUUGAUUUUUGAGUCGGCUAAACGAUGAAAUCGUUUUGACGAGUCCUUGCUAUCCAGCGAUUCUCUAAGUCUAAAUGGACCAAAUAACACAGUGAAGGGAUGUAGUUCCUCAGUAUUUCUCAAACUUCUCAAACUUCAAACAGUUCACUGCAUGAAUGAAGUUAAGUUGUGUGAAUUCCCUUUGCUAUGACCAAUAUACGAUGUAAUCUGUCAUAUUUAUGACUUGUAAUUGUGCAAUACUCGAAUGUAACUCAUUAAGGUAAGACCUGCGUAAUACACUUCCGGUUCAUUCGUCUUAUUUCGACAAAAACCGUAACAAUUCGGUGCGAUCCGGACAUAAACAAACCUUUUCCGUAAUUCCGAACGUGGUUUCCUGCUUUCAAAAUGAAAAUAGAAUGAGUGACGGGAACCACAUGUUUACAUCCGGGGCAUCAAAAUGGCGGCGAGAGAUCCGAAAGGUCGUUUUGCUGGCCAGAAAAAGGUGAAUAAAGCUAUUAAGAAGCCGUUAUCGGUAACUUUAGACCAUGUAUACUGUGGACAGAAACCGACAGUUACUCAGGAACGCCAUCGUAGUGACAAACACUUAAAUCUGCCGGAGAACGCUAGUCGAGAUGGGUGGAGGGAUAGAAGGAUUAUUGUCGAGUUGGGUGUGUUACUGGACAAUUUAGAAUAUUGUGAAAAGUGUAAGCUAGGCCCUGUAUCUAUGAAUAAAUACUCUGUUGUUGGGGAGUUAAAAAAAGGUUUGUCAGGUUUCCUAUAUGUGAGGUGCAGCAACUUGGACUGUGAACAUGUAAAUCGAGUCCCGUAUGGAAAGACACACAGAGUAAAAGAGAAAGGCAUGCCUUGCUUCACAGCAAAUACAAAGCUUGGUGUUGCUUCCAACCAUUGGUCAGAAUAAGAAACAAAGUAAAAGGCUUUAUAACACUGAUCUUCUCUGGAAAGCCUAUAGAGAUGUUAAAGAUAA